AUGCAGGUCAUAUUUCAUGUAGCUACACUAAUGCCAACAGUUGAAACUGAUGCAAAAUGCAAUAACAAAAAAAAAAAUAUUGGAAAUGACUUUGUAACUAUUGUUUACAAUGAAAGUGGACAAGAGUAUGACAUACAAACUGUAAAAGGCCAAUUUAGUUAUGGAUGUGUUAUUGUAGAACCACUUGAACAUGGUGUUGAUCAAAUCACAGUUAAAGUAAGGGAUGAUCUACGAGAACAUGUUGGCCAUCAAGAACCCAAAAUAGUAUCUGAUCAAAAUGCUGCCAUGUUAGCCAGACAACUUGCUAUACAUACAGAUUUGGCUUCUCAAAUAUUGAGUAGUUCAAAGAAAAAAAAUAAUGGACCAUUUGCAAGUAAUUGGUUGGAAAGACUGAGACAAAUAAAAAGAAUUCAAAAUAAAGUUAUGAAAUCAGAAACUAGCCAAUCAUCAACGAAUGAACCUAUGACAACAGUCAUCAAGCAAGCAACAGCUGCUGUGAGUCGUGCAAAAGUACAAAUGUCUGAUUUUACAGAAUACACUUGAAACAAAAAUCUUUUUCUUUAUCUUCAGGGCAACAUAAAAGAUGAUCUCAUUUUAAACUGCGUGUUAAAAAUGUAAAUAUGAUACAUUGCAUGCGAUUAUGUAUAUUAUGUACUCUGUGAAUUCAUGUGAGUUUUUUUGUUUUCCAAUGUUAAAUAUAACAUUAUUGUAUUAUGUAGUUUA